GAACGCCUCCCCCAUGACGCUAGUGUGCCGACCGAGAGGCGCUUUCCCACAUAUGGCGUUGGCAUCUCGACUUGCGGAUGUAAUCAACCUCGACGCCUCGCCCAACCGAUCGUGUACUCCCGACAUCGAUCCCCAAACCAAACCGUGUUGACACAUCAGCCACGGUACACUCGUUCAUCAACACUAUGGUCGCAGAUUUUCUUACAAAUGGUGAUCCCUAUGGCCUACCAAUGAACUCUGUCCAUGAUUUGGAGAAUUAUGAUCCAUAAGUGCUUGAUUACCGAUGUAAGCUUGUUAGUUGAUACACUAAGCAGUUUACAAUCUACCAGACAAACAAGAGCCCUUCUUUCAUCCAUCGAAACUGAUGCUGUGGCUCAGUUGUUUUGCCCCAGCAUCGACCGCAACCUGGUCCGUGCUUCCUCAAGAAAAGCCUUGUUAGUUGGAAAUAAAUGGUUUGUCGGGCGAUAUGCUAUUUCUACUAAUCAGCUAUAGCGGUUUGUCAUAGUGCAGGUGAUCUUAGUUCGAUUGCAGUGACUCUGUGUUCAUGCAAAUGAUACCGUUUGAUGGUCACUUCCAUCUUUGUAGAUCAUCUCCCGUCAUGAUUUGAUGCUUCAUCAAACUCUAUGGUAAAUGGCUCUGUCCUGUCCUUCUGGAUCCUCUCUGUCCAGAUGAAUCAUGUAGAACACAGACAGACACUUGUGUUUGAGUCGGUAUUUGUUUAGUUGAUGCUCUGUGCAGAUAUCGUUUAGUUACAUGUGUACUCCAGUGGCCCCAAAAUGUGUGCUGGUUACAGAUGGAAUGAUAACAAGGUUAAUUUAGAGAGCUAUCCUUUUUCCGGAACAGAUUCCAUGGACCGAAAGCUUUCAUCUCUGGUAAGCACAAUGCCAUCCUCAUCUGUUAUAAAAAGGCCUCCUUGGCUUACACUUCUGUUCUUGAGAGACAGAGAAAGAAGCAGCAGCAUGAGCUCGGUUGGGCGAGGCGUGGCCACUAUGAACCUCAUGGCCGACGGGGAGGGACAGCAGCAUCAGCAACUGAGGGAUGGACGAGGCUGCUUCCAGAUGCCGGUGCGCUACCCUACGUACACCCAAGCCGACUAUGAGGCGAUGCCCGAGUGGAAGCUCAACUGCAUCCUCCGAGAGUACGGCCUCCCGGUGACCGGUGACAUCGACGAUAAGAGGAGGUUUGCCAUGGGCGCCUUCCUCUGGCCUGCUCUCUGAACCAGAUAUUAUAUAUAUAUUUAAUACAUGUACAAUACAUACAUAAGGCUACUUGUCUAUGGAGAAUAAACUGCUAUGUAAGAUGUGGGAGGUGCUGUAUGUUGUUAUUGCCUGUAGAACAGAGUUCAUAAUGGACAUAUUUGGAGUAUUAA